UUUAUGUCUUUGGGAUGCGACGUUGUUUCAGCUGAUGAGUAUAAUGUCAACAGUAACAGAGAUGGAUUUAAUGCAUAUCAAAUUCACGAUACCCUUUGUCAUUGUCAAGGACCUCUAUUUCCAGUUAAGAAUAGUGCAUCUUCGAAUGCUGCUCAGAGAUGACCAAAAAGGAAUGAAAAUUUAAAACACAAGAUUAUGAGAGUUCGUUCAGCUAUACUUGCCCAGUGUAAUUCCUUCACACAUAUUUACUGCCAUGCGCAGGAAAUAUUGAGUGACCAUGAGAGCCCAACAUCAACAUCAAGUGCAAAUCCAAACAAUUGAAUAAUUUCUCUGUUUCUGGAUCAAAGCG